AUGAUAUCAAAUUUUGAUAAUUCUUCGACACUCGUGUGUUUCAUGGAAAAUCAAAAUGUUUUGGGUGUCGUCCGAGGCAGAUUGGACUAUGACCAAUUGUGUCCGAAUCAGGAACAAAUUUAUUGUUGGGCAAGGAACCACAUCUUCGUAGAAUCCGAAGGCCUCGUGGAGAGCGUGCGCAAAAUGCGCAUCAGGGAUGGUCUGCUCGCCCUCGUCUUCAAUUCUCCAAGAGAAUGCUACCACGCCGCCUUGGAAUUAACAGAACUCAAAACUAUGCAAAUCGGCCAAAACAUAUUCGACUUGAAAUGGAGAUACGGAGCCUGUGGACUGAUGACCAUCACCUUAUACCAUGUCCCAGAUCAGAUAUCCGAUGAUGAUAUUGUAAAUUCUAUGUCGGUUUUUGGAGAUGUUCUGGCUGUUACUGAUGGUAGAUGGCCACCGUUGCCAGUUAAUGGAGCGUGCAUUUUGAAUGGACACAAAAUCGUACGUAUUGAUAUGAUUCAUGAAAUGCCGGGGAUGAUUAUUGCUCAGGUAAUAUUUGAUCAUUUAAAACGUGCCUUUGCGGAUCGCGCACCUGAUUUAGUAGGAGUGGUCAAUGUCUUAAAAUUAGCAGUCGAUUCACCAUCGGCAUGGAACACAAAAAAUAUCGAAGAUGUAGAAUACGAUACAGAUUUAUUUGAAUUAUUCUUACAAAUUUCGAGAUCAUCUAGAAGGAUAUCAAAAAGUCUUGUCCAAUACUCUGCAAGUGGAAAUCAAACGUAG